CGGGGCUAGUAGCAACAAUAAUGGCGACGCUGUGAGAAUCAAUGCUACUCAAUGGUGACGGGCCGAACUGAGUCAAGACGGGGGGAACGGGUGGGGCGAAACUUCAGGUACGAGCCAGGUGGUACAGAAGAGCCAGAGCACAAGAUGGACACCAGCUCAGCUGUCAUAACCGCUGCUACAGUGUCAGCCUUGAUAAGAGACAAGACAAAAACCCCUUCUUUUCUCUCAAACCUGGGCAAGCCAACCCUGCGAGGCAUCCGAAAGUGCCCCAAAUGUGGAAUGUAUAAUGGUACUCGGGGUCUCAGUUGCAAAAACAAGACAUGUGGGACUGUUUUUCGAGAUGGGGCUCGCAAACCGCAGCCAUGCAUGGAUGCUGUUAAGAUUUUGACUGGCUCAGAUGCUCAGGUGUUCUCUGUGCGUCACAGGGACCGAGGUCCAGAGUACAGGGGAUUUGUAGAGUUAAGCACGACAGAAACAAGCAUUGAGACUGCUGAUGGCACAUUAAUUACCCAGAUCAGCUCAGGACACUGCUUUGUGUCAUCCUGUGGUAAAGCUACAAGAAGGGCUAAUCCAGAAAGCCCUUGUUUGCACAUGAAGACUGCUAUGGAGUGCCAAAGUGAAGCUACCCCUUUGACUUUGAAAAGCUCUGUCCUAAGCUCUCUCCAGAUCACUCCGGAAACAAAGCAAACAAUUUGGCAGCUAGCCACUGAAUCCACUGGACCACUGGUGCAGAGAAUUUCUAAAAAUGUUAUGGUGGUGAAAUGCAAAGUCAGUGACAAACACUUGCUUGGUUAUCUCCAUGUCUCAUUCAGUGAAAGAAGUAAGGCCAAGGAAGUAAUGGAACUCAGGUUUCAGUGCCCUUGUAACAUUUCUAAAACUGGCAAGACAGGCUCUAUAGGUCUGUCUUUAGUAGGUGGCCUAGAAGAGGGAGACAGUGCUCCACAGCAGCACUGCAUUCACUUUUAUGCCUGCAUCUGUGCAUUUGCCAGUGAUGAACAGCUGGGAGAAGAGUUCUCUGGGUUUGUCAACUAUAGCACAAACGGUUUGCAAGUAAAGCCAGAAGCUGAACUAAGCUUUCCUAAUGCUGUUAUGCUCACAAAGUCCUGCAUUCCUGCUUAUUCAAAGAAAGUCAAAAAAGAAGGCUGCAUAACAAGCAAUCAUGCUGUUUCUGGACAAGAGGGGGUAAAUAUCAAUCUAAGAAAGUCGACUUCUAAAAAAAAUGCUUUCUCUUCAGUGCUGAAGAGACAAGGAAGUAGCCAAACAGUGGAUGAAUCCCAUAUCACCCUGCCAUUCCAUCAGUGGCUUUCUAGUGUUACAGAGAGAAUCCACCAGACUAUGCAUUUCCAGUUUGAUGGAAAACCAGAACCCCUGGUGUUUCAUAUUCCACAGAGCUUUUUUGAAGCCCUCCAGCAGAGAAUAUCUUCUGGAAGUAGGAAAAAAAGACUGCCCAAUUCUACCACGGCAUUUGUCAGAAAAGAUGCUCUACCAUUAGGCACAUUUUCAAAAUAUACGUGGCAUAUCACCAAUAUUUUGCAGGUCAAGCAGAUAUUUGAUACUCCAGAGAUGCCCUUAGAAGUAACUCAGAGUUUCAUUAAGAAUCGUGAUGGCACAUUUGAAUUGUUCCACUGUCCAGAAGUACAGGUUGAAUCUAUUACAGAUCCUUAUGGUCGAGUUGACAAGCAGCCUGCCAUUCGACCGCUAGAAUUGAAGACAUUUCUAAAAGUUGGGAACACUACUCCUGAUCAGAAGGAUCCUACACCAUUUGUAAUUGAGUGGAUCCCUGACAUCCUGCCUCAAUCCAAGAUUGGGGAACUCCGCCUCCGCUUUGAAUAUGGACAUCUGCACAAUGGACAUGUGGAAUAUAUGGUGCAGCCAGCUUGUGCUGAGCACACUGUAGAGCUUUGUCCGGCAGUCACUGGUAUUUCUCUCCACUGAGAACAGCAUUUUGAGCACCCUUAGCUCCUUUGGUUCUUCAGUACAUGAUUGACCUGUUUCUAUUCCAUACUUUGUAUCUCCACUGUCUGAGGAAGCACAGCUUUUCCAAAUCAUGUUACUGAUUUUUUUUUGGUUUUCCCCACACACUAUGCCAGUUGGCCAUGCAUGGUUUUGAAAUACUGGGCUCUUAAUAAUUCUGAAGUAAGCCCACAUUAAUAAUAUAGAAGAAAAUAAAAGGAAGCCGAGUUUGAGCUACCUUUAAUUUACCCAUUUUAUUCUUAUUUUGCCCGGAUAUUGUAGUGAUUUAGACUGUGGCAGAUGGUGCCUCUGCUUCCACAUAUUGUUAUACGUCCUGCAAAUAUUUCCUUGCAGAUCAUAAGGCAGUGUUAAAUUUGUAAUCCUCAGUAGUUGGCUGAGUCUCUGGUUUCCACAUUUAGAUUCCUUUAGUAUUUAUGAGCACACCAGAGUGUGUGCUAGGUCAUAGAUGUUUCAUUGAAAACUGAAUCUUCUUACUUUAAUUGAGAAAGGUCUAUCCAGAUUCGGGGUUGAGAUACAUUAGCAUAGCUGUGUACAGUAUGUUUUAUUAUGAACUUCACUGUCUGCUUCCUUAGUCCGUUUACUGUUACAGAAAAGAAGAGGGCUAAUGAUUUUUCAGUUCUGAUUCACAGAAUUAUUUUUCUUUCAAGACUUACUAUACCAUGAUGAUCUAACUAUUUAUCAUGAAACUCAUUUGGAAUUUUCAGCUCUUGACUGGUUGUUUUGUAACUGGUAUAAUCUAUUAAAAUGGAUCACUGUUUUAUUUUUAAAUGCAUGGCUAGGAGCUAGCAUUUUGGUAUGUUGAUCUCAUUGUUAGAUUUUCUCUUCCUCUGUUUUGAAAAACAAAAUGCUCUGGUUAUUUAGUUGGUAUCACUUGGUAGGUUUGAAUCAAUCGUCUGUUGUUUCCAUGUGUAUUGCUGCUAUAAUAGGAAAGAGUAUUUUCUCCCAGUGUUUGUUUAAAUGAAUGUAUGUUUCUCAGCACAGAAUAAUGUUUUAUUGUUUUUGUUUUUUGAUGCAGUUUGUUUGAUAGUUCAGCAUCUCUCAACAUUAUCAAAAUUGUAUUGAU